AUGGACGUGGGCUCUGGCAUCGCUGUUGCUUGCUUUAAUACAGUUUUCAACACUGUGAAUACCCUCCUGUCGCUCUGGACGUUGACCUCAUUGGCUGCGUCCGUUCCCAAUUCGAACAGCCUGCUUGAUACACUGUCAGUUCCUUUGAUUGCUGUCGGAGUGGGGGCAUACUCUCUUGGCCUGCUACUUGAAGCGAUAUCGGAAUUCCAGCGCAAGACGUUCAAACAGGACCCUAAGAACCAAGGAAAGCCCUACGGCGGUGGCCUGUUCUCACUCGCCACUAACAUCAAUUAUGGAGCCUACACAAUCUGGCGAACUGGAUAUGCUUUGACUUGCGGUGGCAUUGCCUUCGGUGCAAUGACCUUCACCUUCUUUUUUCACGAUUUCGCCUCUCGUGGCGUCCCUGUGUUAGACCAGUACAUGAGCGAGAGAUACGGUGACGCCAACGAGAGAUCAAAAACCGUGUUCGGUACUCUUUGA